AUGCAGCUGCCGCGGGCCUACAACAACCACAUCCUCAACAUCACGGACCGAUCCUGCGCGGACCCCUACGUCCUCUUCCACAACGGCACCUACUACAUGACCUUCACGGCGGACGGCAACCGCGUCGAAGUCUGGUCCGGCGAAUCCCUCUUCGACUUCGAGUCCAAGUGCACGAAGACCGUCAUCUGGCGCCCACCGCCCGACACAGAGUACACGGCCGACGUCUGGGCGCCCGAAAUCCACGCCAUCCACGGCAAAUGGUACGUCUACUUCGCGGCCGCGCACCCUGCGUUCGGCAACCGCACGCACAGGAUGUACGUGCUCGAAGGCCCCUCCGCCUCGGAAUCCCCGCUCGACGCAGCGAAGUGGAAGUUCCACUCCAAGCUCCACGGCAUGCGGGACGACCAGUGGGCCAUCGACGGCACGGCAAUCACACUCCAGGGAACAAUGUACUUCGUGUACUCGGGCUGGCCGAUCGGCGAGACGCUGUCGGCCUCCAAGCAGGAGAUCUUCAUCAUGAAGAUGGAGUCGCCGACGAAAGUCAUCGCGCCGCCCGUGCGAAUCUCCUCGCCAGACUACCAGUGGGAGUACUCGGGGAAAUCAGGCAUAAACGAGGGCCCGCAGUUCCUGUCCUCGCCCGACGGCCGGUGGACGGGAAUCGCGUACAGCUGCGCCGGGUCGUGGACGUCAGAGUACAAGAUGAACGUGCUGCAUUUUAGCGGCGGGAACCCGCUCAAUGCGGACCACUGGAAGAAGUGGUCAAGGCCGCUGCUCGCGUCGAAUAAGAACAAUACGCCGCCUUAUGGGCCGGGCCAUGGGAAUUUCGUGCUUGUGAAUGGGCAGAGUACGCCGGAGGUGUGGGGGUGUUUCCACGCGACGGAUGAGAAGACGGGGUGGGAGGGGAGGAGGGCGAGAGUUAUGAGGGUCGGUUGGUCGGAUGCUGGGCCAUAUAUGGGGGAUGGGGAGUGUGGGAGGUGUAGUGGUGAUGUCGACCACUUUUUGUAUGGGUGCAGGGAGGGCUGUGGGUGUGGGGAGAAGAAGCCGGAGGAGGGGGGUGGGAAGCCGGGGAAGAGCGUGGAUCAUACGGGUGUGGGUGUUGAUGUGGUGAAGAGUAGGAUUGUGGGGGAGGCGAAGGGGUUGUUUGGGAAGGUCGAGAGGGUGUUUAAUAAGUGA